AUCUCCUGAGGUAGAUGUUGUCUUCCCUGAGGAAGACGAAUCGAGUGUUAUCCUCCCUAAAACAGAUGGUAUUCCACCUUGUGCAAAUGGGUCCACCUUCUGUGAGAAUUUCGUCCCGUACCCAAGGGAGAUAGUGAAAGAAAUAAUGGAGAAUUAUAAUGUUCUCCAAGGAUUUUUUGGGGUGGACGAACCACUAGAAGAAUUUGAGGUUCCUUUGAUGAAAUCCACGCCUACUCCCCAAUUUUACGUUGGAGGAUCUUCUGAGAUAGAUGUUGUCUUCCCUGAGGAAGACGAAUCGAGUGUUAUCCUUCCUAAAAUAGAUGGUAUCCCACCUUGUACAAAUGGGUCCACCUUCUGUGAGAACUUCGUCCCGUACCCAAGGGAGAAAGUGAAAGAAAUAAUGGAGAAGUAUAAUGUUUUCAAAGAAUUUUUUGGGGUGGACGAACCGCCAGAGGAAUUUGAGACAAGGGACUACAGUCAAACCCAAUUUGUUUGUUCUUCGAUGAAAUAUACGGUAUUUCCGGUUCUAGCAAAAAACACGAGAAGCGAAUUCAAAUUCAUUGUAAAUAAUAAAGAGGAAGGAUAUGCACAGGGUGUGCAAGUUGAAAUCUGCAGCAG